AUGUUGAGGUCAAAGGAUAAAUUGAAGGACCAUUUGCGACAUCAUGACCGAGCCGCUCGCACUUUUGAAUGCUCUCAGUGUCUCUCGCCUUUCGUUCAGAAGUCUGAUCUCAAUCGGCAUGUUCGUGGUGUUCACCAAGGUGAGCCCGGCGUGGGAAUCAACAUGACUGUACGGCGACGAAUGCCAGGCACAUCCCCAGCUUCCAGUCGUCCGUCAAAAAAGAAAAAAAAGACUACCUCUGACAUAUCUACAACCAGUACCACUACUGCCACAAAUGCAACACCACAAACCACAUCUACAACCAUAGCCACACCAGUGGCCAAUUCUGCAAAUACUGAUGCUGCCCUGGCUUUGAGACUCUUUGGAAACACCGCUGCAAGCACCACAGCGGUCAAUAUCCAAACCGGGGUUCAGCAGGUAGCAGCUUAUCCCCAGCACCAACUUCUAGCUGCAGCUUCCAUGGUCCUGCCCUAUUAUCAUCCCACUCCUGCUGGCCAUCAAUUCGUGGCAGCUGCCUUGUCCGCACAGAAAGGUGGCGAUGGUCAAACGGUUGGAACUGAGCAGCAGCACCAGUCUGCUUUUCAACAACCCCCUCAACAACAAAAUUCUGCGGCGGCUGCCGCAGCGCCUUCUAUGAUGUUUUUGACUAGGAUUGCAGCUCAUGCUGCGUCGAAUCCGUCUUCGGUUGCGACAACUCUGGCCGUUUUGCCAACGCCUACAGCAGCUGUUGUGACUCCAGCCGUUGGUCAGCAGUGUGAAGCAUCAUCUCAGUCUAGUGCCACAGUAACAUCUCAAGCUGAUCAGCAACAACAGGCUUUAGUCCAACAGCAACAGCAAUACCAACAAUCUCAAUUCGCUUAUCAACAAUAUCAACAACAACUCCUACAACACCAAGCCCAGUUGCAAGCACAUCACUACGAUCUGAACACUUAUUACCGCCAGCAACAACUGGCGGCUCAACAGAGAGUUUAUCAGCAGGCACAGGGCUUUCUGCUGGCCGCCACAGCUAAUUCAACAAAUGGCAACAAUGCCACCACUGCGGCUAAUACUGGCACAACUUUCUUCUGUCAAUCUGCCACUACAGGAGCAGGGACUGUGGGAAGUGAGAAUGGAACUGGCGUAAUCUUGUCUGACCCCGCGACGGCCCAACAGUUGGCUCAAUUGGCUGCAGCGGCACAGAUGCAACAAGCUGUUGUUGCUCGUGGUGGAUUGCAGGUGAUGGCAAACGUGAUAGCAGGCCAACAGCAGCAGCAGCAAACAACGCAGCAUCCUACCGUAGCCGCGCAUCAGCAGUCAAUAACUCCUCAACAGGUGGCCCAACCUCAAACAGCCUUCUAUGCCGCUUAUCAACACCCCGCCUACCAACAGCAGAGUGUUGUUCAACAGCAGCAGCAAUAUCAGGCACAACAGCAGUUGUAUCAACAGCAGCAACACCAGCUCAUGCUUCAGCAAACCACCAACACAACCGCCAAUGCCACCGCUGCUACCACUUACCGUCCAGUUGUUAUGACAGCAGCUACCAAUGCGACAUCAACGAAUACCAGUCAAGAUCAAAUACAAAAGACUACUGUAGUUCAUGAUCCUAGUUACCAACAGCAAUUAGCCGCUUUCUACAAUCAACAAAGACAAGGAUUUGUCCUCGCCUAUCAACAGCAGAACCAGUGUCAAGAACAGCAACAGACUAUGCAACAACAGACUUUAGCUGUAGCAGGUAACGCAGUUGAACCCCCUCAGCAACAGCGAUAA